AUGCUGCAAACUGGGAGGAGGUGCGGUGUAGAGCAGUUUAGUAAGAAGAGGAGAGCGCUGUUGUUCCGUCACUACUCGGUCUGUGUAGUCCAGUCAGUGCAGGCUAUUUGUCGAAAACGGGAGCGCCGGGUUGCAUUCCGCAGAAGUUGUUGACCCCAUCACCCCAGUCAGUAAACUUUGGGAUUGUUUGAUUUUAUGAGAGGACAAAAGCGGGGGAUAAGAAGGUGAAACUGCGCGCGAAUGGAGAAGCACAAAGUGCUGGAUCAGCUCCUGACGGAGCUCCAUCGCUUCCUGGUCAUCCUGGACAAGGAGACCCUGAGUGGGAAUGCCACCGUCCAAAAGGGCCUGCUCUCUGAUCUCCUCCAGUCCUACAGAACUUCAAACGGUGCUGAUGAGGAGUACAUCUACAUGAACAAAGUCAUUGUUACUGGAAAAGACAAAGCCAACAAAGAUGACAGAACAGAUGCCCUGGUCAAUGGAAAAGCAGCAAAAUAUGUCCCUGUCCCACAGAAGAGCCUACCUGAACUGCCGCCCCCCAGAACAUGUGUGGUGGGUCGGGAACCUUUUCCCUUACCUGUCUUUCCAGCUCCAGCCUGUAUAGACACUUCGGAGAGUUACUAUGAGGAGGCUCAGCCCUAUGAGGAGACUGUCAAUGAUGACGGAGAGGCAGUUAGCAGUUCCUAUGAGUCCUAUGAUGAGGAGGAAGUGACCAGGGGAAAGUCACCAUCGGCGCAGCACCAGUGGCCAUCAGCAGAAGCGUCCAUUGAGCUGAUGAAGGAUGCUCGGAUCUGUGCCUUCCUGUGGAGGAAAAAGUGGCUCGGCCAGUGGGCCAAGCAGCUGUGUGUCAUCAAAGACCAUCGCCUGCUGUGCUAUAAGAGCUCCAAGGAGCAGACGCCCCUGCUGGAUGUGAGCCUGCUGGGCUGCAGCGUGGUCUACAAGGAGAAGCAGCUGAAGAGAAAAGAGCACAAGCUGAAGAUCGUUCCAGUUGGAGGAGAGGCCAUUGUGCUGGGCCUACAGAGCAAGGAGCAGACAGAGCAAUGGCUGAAGGUGAUCCAGGAGAUCAGUCCUAAGCCAGCUGAAAACUAUGAUCACCAGCACUCUGGUUCUGACUCCCCCAGGCUCAUUUGUACAAAGGGGGAACUGAAUGAGAGACACUCAGUGGCUUCAGAAAGCGGCAGCAGCACUGACAGCCAUGCUGAAACUCCUGAAUACAAAGAUGUGAAGAAAAAAUCUAGUGGAGGUUUGAAGUUCAGCAACCUCAUGAACAUUGGCAAGAAAAAACCCUCUUCAUUAGAGAACCCAGGGAAAUGUGUUGACACCUCAGGCUACCUCAACGUGCUGGUAAACAGCCAGUGGCGAACCUGCUGGUGUCUUAUCAAGAAUGGCCAGCUGUGGUUUUACCAGGACAAGGGCAAGAACAAAGUGAGCCAGCCUGCUGUGACUCUGGGUGGCUGUAAUGUUUUGCCCAACCCCAGCCCUGAGCACCUGUACUCCUUCAGGAUUGACAUGGACGGGACACAGAAGGCCACCCUCGAGGCGAAGACGUCGGCAGACAUGGGCCACUGGCUGGGUCUCUUGCUGUCACAGACAGGGACUAAAACCGACCCAGAGGAGUUGACGUAUGAUUAUGUCAAUGCUGAGAGGAUCUCCAGUAUUGUCAAUGCAGCCAAGACUUCCUUAUACUUGAUGCAGAGGAGGUAUUCAGAGCCAAACACCUACAUAGACACCCCGCCAUCCAUCCCUCUCAACUCUGAUGAACUGUAUGAUGAUGUAGCUGAUCCAGAGGAUGCUGAAGAGAGCGGCCUGCCUGACAGUGAGGACAACAACCUUCAACAACAUAAUGAAACAUGUACACAGGCCCCCAAGGACCCAGUGGGUACAGAGCAAGAUGCUGACAGGGUUUACCUGGACCUUGUCCCUGUGCGCUCCUUCCUCCAUACAUCUGGUGGAGGUAAAGUUACUCCUGCCAAAGAAACUUCUAGACAUUCCCCGAUUCCCUCAGAGGAACAGAAGGUUCCCUCAUGUCAAAUUAAAGAGGUCACUUCUACUGACCCCCCUGAGACAGAGCCAACACCUGUUUUAAAUGGCACCAGUUCAACUUCUGCUACCAGCAAACCAGAGCAAGAGUGCCCCCGGACUCCCACUCCACCACAGCCGCAGCCGCAGCCGCAAACUCAAACUCAAGCACCCAAAACCUCAUCCCAAAGCCAAGAGACCCCUAAGAGGAACUUCAGCCCCAAAGGCCCAAUGGCUCAGACUGCUACUGGGUUCCCUCACAGUCCUCAACCCCCGCGGCCCAAAGCGUUUACCAUCGGGUGUCCAGGCGCAGUUGAGGGGAAACUGGGCAAAAACCGCACAGAGGCCGACAUGCGCCGCUACACUGACGAGCGUGACCGUCUGGAGAAAGAGAGAGAGGGGGUGAGGGGCACUCUGGCACACCUGAAAAAGGAGAAGAGGGAGACCAAAGAGGAGCUGAGCGCCUGCCAAGAUCCCAAACUGCAGGCCUCGCUAGAAGCCCGGCUGAAGCAGAGAGAGGAGGCGUGUCGGGAAGCAGAGCACCGCAGGGUAGAAGUAGAGCUCCGGUUGGUAGAGGUGAAGGAGAGUCUGAAGAAGGUGGAGUCAGGGCCUUUCACACUGGGAACCACACUGGACAGCAGCCUCCAGGACACACCCACGCCUAAAGCAGUGAACCUGCCUGCUCCCCAGACUUCAUCAUUAACACCAUCACCAUCACCAUCAUCAUCGUCAUCCCAACCCUCCAGCAGCAACGUCAGCGCAGACCCAGCCUGUCCUGUCAAUUCUGCCUCUGCGCUAAAGAACAGACCUUCCUCCAUGAUGGCCUCGAAAGUCAACGUCAUGCAGAAAGCUAAAGAGUGGGAAAAGAAAUCCACCACCUAAGAAAAAUUUGAAUGUCCUCUGACUUCCUGUGACCUUUGAGGUCAAUCUGUUUCUCUCGGUCUGGUCGGCUGUCCACAACUUCCGUCCUGCUUGAGCGAGGAAGCGCCGGUUCAACAGCCCAGACAAUUAAAUCAGCAACCUCUCUGCCCCGGAUCUUUCAUCCUCAUCAUCUCCUUGCCAAGACUAUAAAGAGCCCAUCAGAGAGAGAGACACGAGCCGUCUUCUCUAAUACCACUGGAUAAUCUCAGUUUCAAUGACUUGUAAAGCUGUUUUUCUCCAUUUGCUAAAGGAAGGAAAUUGACGCAGUAGCAUUUUGACCAGUCUUAUUAUUCUUGAUAAAGAUGCACAAAUAGGAUGUUUCAACGAUGCAAACAACCUAAAGUUUGAAACCACUGAAGACAGAAAGACGCCCCUCUACUUAAUUGGCCACUUUAUACACUCUAGAUUGUAGCUUGGUUCAUAUAUGCUGGUAGCCAAGAUGUAAAUAUAUUUACACCAUUAUUCAGCCUUUUGGCUUGUAUUGCUAGCUAAAAAUGCA